GUAAAAUAUUACUACAUAUACGUUUAUGAAUCGAUUUCCAUCGAAAAAGUAGAUACCCACUUACCCAUUGUUAUCAGUAGGACAGACUAUGUCGUCUAGAAAUUUUACCAAUUUUUUAUUUAUCACGGGAAUAAAAUUAUUCAAGAACGCAAAGAAUUGUACCAAAGUCGACUAAUUGUGGUUUGCAUCUAUAAUGGAGAACGAUUCUAAGAUGGGUUUGGGUGGUAAACAAGAAACAGAAUACACAUUCCAGCUGCCAGAAAGAGAGAAGAAGAUCGCUUUAGAAGAACUCAGGGAAGAUGACAGUAUGCGGGAACAAUCCUUAGACCAACUCAGGGAAUGGAUUUCUAAACAUCCUAAUAUUAAACGUUGUAGAACAGAUGCUCAAUUCUUACUGCGGUUCCUGCGCACCAAGAAAUUCAGCGUACCCCUAGCCUGCGAGAUGAUUGAACGUUACCUCACCAUACGUCAGCUGUAUCCCCAAUGGUUCCGCAACUUGGACUGCGAGGAUCCGCACAUGUCCGAGAUAAUCAACUCCGGGUACUUGGUACCGUUGUUAGAACGAGACAACGGCCGCAUGGUGUUGUUCAGUUGUGCGGCAAAUUUCGAUCCGCACAAAUUCACGUCUGCGCACAUGAUCAGGGUGCACAGCUUGGUGACCGAGAGUCUGAUGGAUGACGAAAUGAACCAAAUCAAUGGCUAUACGUACGUCAAUGAUGAAGCCGGGUUCUCGAUGGCGCAUAUUUCGUUGUGGGGUAUCAGCGAUCUUAGAAAUAUUGUUAGAUGUAUUCAGAAUACGACUCCAAUGAGGCAUAAGGGAAAUCACUUCCUGAACAUGAACCCUAGUGCGGCAAAACUGUUUGAAUACUCAUCUCCACUUCUUAACGAAAAAUUAAGGAAUAGACUACAUGUCUACAAAAAGAUCGAAGAGGUCUACGAACACAUCGACAAAAAGAUCCUACCGAAAGAAUAUGGCGGCGAAGUACCGUUGAAAGAGAUGCUGGACAAAUUCAAGAUAUUUUUAAAAGAAAAACGCGAAUCUGUGUUAGCUCUAGACGACAUGUACAUUGAAAUAGACGAAAAAACUUGCUCUCUAGUGUCGGAAAUGAACGAAGAGCUUGGAAGCGGCGUUGAGGGUUCUUUCAAAAAAUUAACUGUCGAUUAACUAUAUCUAUUGUAUGUGAAAACACAUUUUUUCUGAAAUGGAAUAUUUAAUAAAUAUUAGUAGGUAAUAUAUUUUUUUUAGAAUUACGUUGGCAGACUAAAUUUUCCGUUCUUUACAUCUAUUUUAUUAAAAUAGGAGUUUUCAUAAAUCCGACAUCUAUACGUAAAAGCGAAAAUUGAAUUGAAUAGUUUAACAGAAUUAAAGUAUUCUUUAAUCAUGUAUUUACUUAGAUUUCCAAUAGGUGUCACUAGUUGUAUUAAAAUAUAAAUAAAUCAAAUUGAUUUCAAAUUUUACAUUUUCAGUUGCAAAUUUGCGUAUAGUUUUUCUAUUUAAUGCUUUACAAUAAUUAAUUCACAUCAGUUUAUCCAUUUUUUUAAAUACAUUUUAAUAUAUUUCAACUUGAUAAUAUCAUCGAGAGCACUGUUAGUUGUCGGGAGUAAAAAGAAUAAAAUACUUCAUUAAGCUACCAUCCGGAAGAUGGCAGACGCUUCAAUUUUAUGGUUUUAAAUAUUCAAUUAUGCUUGAAGUUGAAUUGAUAUUUUUUUUGAAAAAAAGUUUUUGCUUUGAAGAGUUUUCUAAGUUGUAAGGUCCUGUUGUGUAGUUUUUAUUAACAUCAAAAUGCUUAUCAUGACAAAAAUGGGGUUAUGAUAGACAAACUGAUGUUAUUUUUAAACAGGUUGUAGGUAAUUUACCUAUGGUAAUUUAUGUGUGUUGUGUGUUUAUAAUAAAAAUAACCUAUAUGUACCUGUUAAAAGUAAAACAGGUUGUCAAUAAUAACCCCUAGAAUACCUGUAGUUUUUAAGUGAAUCUAAAAUAAAAGUAUAUUGUGAUUACCUACUAUAAAAAAUAAUUAUUAUUGUGAUAUCAUUUUGUACUUAACAUAGUUUAAAUAAUAUUAAUAAUAAUGCACCAAGCACAGUUAUAUGUUAUACCUACCUAUCGACACUAUUUAUACCUAUAGGUAUUUUAAUCGAAAAAGUAAAAUCAAACAAUUUCUUUAAUGACUAUAGGUACUUAAAUAUUAUAGGUACCUAUUAGGUAAAAUGAAAAAUAGGUUCUAGUCAUUAUUUCUUCUUACUAGAUGCCUAAAUAGCCCUAAAUAGGCAAUUAUGUAGCCAUGCUAUUUAAAAUGGGUUAAAUUAAUAAAAUUGACGUUUCGAAUAAGUUUGUAAUAAAAUUUAGGUAGGUAGAAUAUUUGUUUUAAAACAAAAUAAAUUAAUUGAAAUGACAUUUUUUUAUCUUUGUUGUUUUAAAAAAGUGUUAAGUUAAAAGUUUGUAAAAUGUUUCUAAAACCGAAAAAAAAAGAGUUAUGUAAUAAUUUGUAUAUAAUCGCCCUUUGGUGGUGUAAGUUACCGAAAACGUAUAUGUAUAAUAAAUGUUUUAUAAAAUAAUAAAUUGUGGUUUAAAAAUUGCUUUUUAUCUAUUUUUACAUUGUUAUAAUAUAUCUAACAAUCAGUAAAGUUUUUACAUUGUUAUAAUGUAUCUAACAAUCAGUAAAGUUUUUACAUUGUUAUAAUGUAUCUAAAAAUCAGUAAAGUUUCUACAGACGCAUAUUUACUGCGCACAUUGACAUUGUUAUGGUGUAGAGGUGUUGCCAAAUUUCAAACAUUUUCCACGCGUUAAGCGAAAAUUUUUAAAUCCAUUUUUGACUAAUAUUUAUUUCCAUGAUUUAUUUAAUGAAACUAAAAAUUAAAUAUAUUAGAAACCGAAAUUACCUAUCAUGUACCAAGAGUUACAGUGUUGUCAUGUUGAUAAAAUAAAUUUAGCUCCCGGAAAAAUUAAAUUUUUUCAUGUUGAAAUAUUGAAAUAGUGUGAAACAUUACAGAUUGUUAAAUACCCUAUUUAUAUUUAUAGUUACUUAAUGUUAUUGUUUAGGUUAGGUUUGUUGACAUAUUAUUUAGCUUUAUACCUACGGGUAAAAUUGUUUUCGAUUGUUUUGUUUAAUUUCAACUUGUUUUUUGUUUCUUAUUAUGUUUAUGGUACUAUUUAAUGUUUGGCACGAAGCGUUAAUAAAAUUUUCACACCAAUUUCGUCUUUUUUAUCUUCAUCUACUAGGCAAUCCAGGCUUCU